CGACAAUUAAAACUGGCGGGCAAUCUGGCUCGGUCUCACGUGGUGGUGGGUGGUAGCGGCGGCGGCAGGCGCGGCGGCGGCGGCGGCGGCGGCGGCGAUGGCGGCGGGACCAGAGGCACAGGGCCGGCUGCUGUGUCCUCCGGACCCGGGGCCGGGGAACACGCCACCGGUCAACCACAGAUACUCGAGUGGGAGGAGACCGAUCGUUACUCCUUCGACGACUCCGACCGCUUCGAAGAGGAUUCCUUGUGCAGCUGGAGCAGCGAGCCCGAGUCGCUGUGCAACAACUGGAGGGGAUGGCGACGACCCCCUGCCGGUUUCGGCACCGCCAAGAAAACAUUGGAAGAUGGACAAACAGUACCGACGUUGUGCGAGCUCGCGGCGCGUUGCGUGGCGUCCCACAUACCCUUCGAGCUGGUGGAGCACGUUUAUCCGCCCGUGCCCGAGCAACUACAGCUCAGGAUAGCGUUCUGGAGUUUCCCGGACAACGAGGAGGACAUCAGGCUUUACUCGUGCCUGGCCAAUGGGAACGCGGACGAGUUUCAGCGCGGCGAGCACUUGUUUCGUUCGAGGAGCGUGAAAGAUCCUCUGCAGAUCGGAUUCCAUCUAAGCGCAAGCGUAAACGCACCUGUAGUGAUGCACACCGGGAAAACGAUGUUCAACGUCGCCGUAACGUUCGAUCGACGGAAGAUCACGUCAUGCAACUGCACUUGCACCUCGAAGGCCUAUUGGUGCGCCCACGUGGUCGCCGUUUGCCUCCACAGGAUACACAUGCCGACGCAGGUGUGCCUGAGAGCUCCGGUUAGCGAAUCCCUGUCACGUUUGCACCGGGAACAACUGCAGAAGUUCGCGCAGUAUCUCAUCAGCGAGCUGCCGCAGCAGAUUCUGCCCACAGCCCAGCGUCUUCUGGACGAGUUGUUGUCGGUCCAACCGAGCACCAUCAACAGUUACUGCGGCGCCCCCGAUCCUACGGCCGGUGCCUCCGCCCACGAUCAGACCUCCUGGUAUCUCGACGAGAAGACACUCCACGACAAUAUCAAGAAGAUCCUUAUCAAAUUCUGCGUUCCAGCUCCGAUAGUCUUCAGCGAUGUUAAUUGCCUGAGCACCACUGCGCCUCCUGCUGCUGCCGAAUGGUCGUCGUUGCUGCGACCGUUGCGCGGACGGGAGCCGGAAGGGAUGUGGAAUCUGUUGUCGAUCGUGCGCGAGAUGUUCAAAAGGAACGAUCGCAACGCCAUACCGUUGCUGGAGAUCAUCACGGAGGAGUGCAUGGCCUGCGAGCAGAUCCUCGUUUGGUGGUUCAACACCAAGGUAGCGUUGUUGAACGCGACCGGUUACGGGGGCAAACACAACAUGAACAGCAACGUGCACGCCUCGCAGCACGCCUGCUCGUCCCUCUGCGACGAGAUCGUCGUCCUUUGGCGACUGGCCGCUUUGAAUCCUGGCCUCUCGCCGUCCGAGCGUGAGAUACUUCACAAUCAGUUUACCACUUGGCACAUGAAGAUCAUCGAUAAGGUAACGAAAAGUCGGGGCAGCUCGGUGACCCGCAACUCCCACAACAGGCACAACGGCACCGAUCACAAGUACUCGUUGAAGAACGAUCUGACCGUUUUCACCGGCUUCAAAUCGGCGCUCGAGGCGUGCUAUCUCGAUUGGGAGGAGUACACCUUGCCAGGUAUCACGUACACAGCAGGAAGCAAUCCCAUGUAUCAUUGUCCGUUCACCUGUUUCCGGCACGUCGGGGAUACCAGGACGGAGGUGAAUCAGGUGAACUCGAGCGCUGCCGUGCUGAAUUGUCAGCCGCCGGUCUCUCACCACCACGGCAGACGGCCGUUGAGUUUGGGCCUGGUGGAGUUCAGCUACAUGGACCGGAAACGAUUGAAUCCGCGAGAGUUUCCAGGCCUGUGCUCGCGAAGCGGCGGCGGGGACGGGAAUCGAAGCAGCGUCAGCUCCGAAGGUUUCUGCGAGAACGAGACCGACAUGCCCGAUAUACCCGAGCCUCAAGUGGUCCUCGUUAGACGAAGUUGUGCUCAACUAAAUAAUUGCGGGGACACCGAUUCACAGGAGGGUGGCGGCAGCGAGUCGUCCUCGAACAGCAACGUUAGCCUGAAGAACGCUCAAAAUUCGGACAAGUACCGCUCAAACACCUCGUCCGAGACACAUAGUGAUAGUAGUGAUAGUAGUAAUAACAAAGCUGCCUGCGACGGGAAGUGCAGCAGGACGAAUCUCGACUACCGUGAGAAAUCGCGUACAGUGUUGGCCAAGGGUACGGGUUUGAAGGGCGAGCAUGAGUCCGAUCUGGAGAAGGACGCGUCCAGGAAGCCGUCCAAGGACGAGAGUUCGUCGUCCAGCAGCGACAGCCCGUCCAGCGACGAGUAUCACGUUUACUAUUACGACCCGAAGGCCGUGGCGACGAGCAACGGCGCCUCCGGCAAAGACUUCAAGAACCACACGCAGGCGGCCAGCGCGCCGAACGCUAGCACUAUACUAGGUAAUUUGACGAAGACGGAGGAUCCGUGGGACAUACUGUUCGCCAGGGCGGAGGGACUAUACGCUCACGGACACACCAGGGAGGCUUGCAUCCUGGGCGUGCAACUCGGCGAGGAACUGCUGGCGAACCCACCGAAUCUCAUGAUCAACGAAUCUCGUAUGCCCGUGAAGGGCAAGAAGAAGAAGCAACAGGUUAACCCGGCGUCUCAUCAGCUAACGUGCCUUGCGUCGGCUACACUGGCCAAGUGUUGCUUUCUUUGCACGGUUCUAGCGGAGAACCCGGAGUAUUACAAUCUGGCAUUCAGAGUUGGUUUGUUUGGCCUGGAAAUGGCCAGACCACCGGCCAACACCAAACCAUUGGAGGUAAAAUUGGCUCAUCAAGAAAGCGAGUUGGUAGGUCUUCUGAAAAGGAUCCCGCUAGCUCCAGCCGAAUUAGCGAUGGUUCGACAGAGGGCCGAACAGCUAAGAGACGGGGUUCUCCGGUCCAGGGGUCACGCGCUGCUACCCAUCAUGUUGGCCAGUUUUAUAUUCGACGCCCGCAACGUGCCAAGCCUAAAACACCUGCCCACAGACGUUGACGAGAACCUCGGGUUCGACGCGGCUGUCGCUGCUCUGGGACUGAAAGCGAACGUCAGCGAAGCCGAUCAUCCGCUUCUCUGCGAAGGCACGCGACGCCAAAGGGGAGAUCUGGCGAUCACCUUGCUCGUCUACUACAAGGACGAACCAACGAAAGUGGCGAGUAUCAUGGACAAGCUGUUGGAUCGGGACGUCCAUCAGUUGAUCAAGUCACCGAUUCUGCCUAGCUAUUACACCUCGAAUCCUCCAACCAAGAGCGAGAUGGUGAGAUACGACGACGAGUGUUUCUCUCCCCUCGCUGGAACGGACGUUGGAAACGGCGAUAGCGUUGUCGGCACCAGCAGCAGACCGCACAGUAGCACCAGCGCGGAACUGGAAACUGGUAUGAGCGCACUCACGGUGCAACCGCAAAUCGUUCAACAACCCGUGUCUACCAGAACUAAAGAAACAAGAUACAAAAGUAAGAGAAUGUAUCCGUCUAUUCCUAAUCAACCAUCCGAAGCGGGGGCGCACUUUAUGUGCGAGUUAGCGAAGACGGUUCUGGCGAAAGCUGGCGGCAACAGUUCCACGUCGUUGUUCACGCAAGCAUCCACGAGCCAGAAUCCCCACGGGCCUCACAGAGCUCUCCACAUGUGCGCGUUUCAGCUCGGUUUGUACGCGUUAGGACUGCACAAUUGCGUGACGCCCAACUGGCUCAGCCGUACGUACUCGAGCCACGUCUCUUGGAUAACCGGCCAGGCGAUGGAGAUCGGGGCACCGGCGAUCUGGUUCCUCAUCGACACUUGGGAGGGACACCUCACGCCGCCGGAAGCCGUCAGUAUAGCGGACAAGUCCUCCAGAGGAUGCGAUUCCAACAUGGUCAGAGCGGCCGCGGAACUCGCGUUGUCUUGUUUGCCCCACGCCCACGCCCUCAACCCGAACGAGGUGCAGAGAGCUAUUCUCCAGUGCAAAGAGCAGAGCGAGAUGAUGCUGGAAAAGGCUUGCAUCACGGUGGAGAACGCCGCGAAAGGCGGUGGUGUUUAUCCGGAAGUGCUUUUCCAGGUGGCCAAGUAUUGGUACGAAUUGUAUCUAAGGCACACCCCGGACGGAGAACAGCAAGACGACAUGUCGCACGAUCCCCUGCAGUUGGAUCUGAACGGUGUGCUUCUGUUAGAGCCCGGGCCUCCCGUGGACAUGGCGAACAGUCAAAUGAUGCCUGGACCGACGCAAACCGUCGUUGUCACCAAUACUCAGCCGCCCCCUCAACCGUAUCCCACUCAUCCGACUAUAACUACGCUAGCGCCUUUAGGAGUCGGUAUGCCGUAUGCAGUGGCGCCUUACAGUUUUGUACAUCCCCAUCAUACCAUCCCGACGUUCAGCGGACAGAUGCCGUCGCACAGGGUAACGCUACCACCAGCAUCACCGCACAUGCAAAUGUAUCAUGCGGCAUUCCCGCCUCAUCCGGGCCAUCCGCAACAUCUUCAACAUCCGCACCAUCCGGCACAGCCCACGCAACCACCAUCGCUGCCGCAAUAUUACACACCGCAACCCCCACCACCACCGGGGGCUCAUCAUUUAUUCACCAUGCAACAGCCUAUGCCAGUUAAUGUACAAGCAGGAGUAACGGGGCCCAUUCCCGGGCAGAAUAACAUGCCCGGAUCCGCGUUGGUUCAGGCGCAGCCUAUGAUAUCGGCUGUCAGAGCUCAGUCCCAGGUUCACAGACAGACUCAGCCCCUGAGUCAACAACAACUCCGAGCGCUUCUCGCCGCGUAUCGCGUUGGCAUGCUAGCCAUGGAGACGCUAGCCCGUCGUGUCCACGACGACAGACCACAGGCGAAGUUCGCGCGCAAUCCACCCUACGGGGAGGACGUGAAAUGGCUACUGAGAGUCUCGAAACGUCUCGGUACGCAGUACCUUCAUCAGCUUUGCAUCUGCUCGGUGGACAGCAUCGUCAGUCCCUUCGUUCUUCACGACGUCGUGUUGGAGGCGGCUCGUUACUUGGCGAGAAACAAUCCAGCCCUUGUACUUCAACAUUUGAGAUCCGCGCUUUUGGCACCCCUCGUUCACAAGUGCCAGCAAAUGUACAUUCAAUGCAUGCAUCAGAAAUUGUACCAUUUGGCGACCGGGGACUACGAAGACUUCGCGAGCGUGGUGUGCGCUGCGCGAGCGGCGUUCCACAUCACUCCGGAGGGACACGUACAGUUCAAGGAGUGGCUCCAAUCUAUUAAAAGAUCUCAGUCGUGCAACAAGGAUCUUUGGGCACAAAUCAACGCGGCGUUACAGCAAAAUGGCAAAUGACAUAUGGCAGAGCCAGGCGUGACGUGGCUCAACUCUCUUCCUCAUCCGCCGCCCCCUCCGCCGCCACCUCCACCGCCUCCUCCGCCGACGACGACGACGACGACGACGACGACCCUUGGGCUUCAGCAUCAGUAUCCCCGUCAUUCACAUCCACGGAGCGUCGUGUGCGUUCAUGGUCUGGCCACCCUAAACAACUGUGAACAGGAUCUCCACGGCAUGUACCGUCGACGUACAAACUUCACCGUUCACCGUCCGUUUCUGAGAAGACCAAGAAGCGAUAGAACCGGAUAUACAUACACACAUAUGGAGGCGCAUCGUGGCGUACGUCGAUCGCUAAAGGCACCAUUUUUUUCGGAUCAAAAAGAAAAUAAACAAAAAAAAAAUAGAAAGAAACGAAAAUGAAAACGGGGAAAAAAUGAAAGUGAUAUAUAUUAUAUAUAUAUACAUAUAUGUAUAUAUAUAUGUAUGUAUAUAUAUAUAUUCUAUAUUAAAGGAUCGAUAAAUCAAAGAUAAAUCAAAAUUCAGAUCUCUCCAGACCUGCGCGAUCACUUGUCUCACACACACCGACGUAGGAGGGGAUCGUUGAUUCACAACACACGGAAAUCGUUUCUUUUAGUUAGAUUUCGAGCACGUCUAUUAGCCGCGAUUAGAUAGGAAAUUUUAUUUUUCAUUCGUAUAUAGAUAGGAUGAAUUCUUGCGUCUUAUUUUAUUUUUGUAAACAAGUAAACAAAUUUUUGAACGUCGAUAACCUCUAUUUAUAUAACGACGAUAAAGGUCUGAUCCAUACGAUAAGCGACGAUUACUUAAUAUUCAUCGUCGUACGAAAUUUUUUUUAUGUGGAAGUAAAUCAUUUUACUUUUUUCCCGAAACGGCAAUUCGCCACGUUCAACCC